AUGACAGUUGAAAAGAUAGGAGUUUGCUUGUUUAGAUAUCACAUGACAAAGAUUAUAUUGUCAGUUAUAGAGCUUCGAUCACAUAUGACACACAAUAUUCAGUUGGAAUGGUAUUUGUCAAGGACUACAAGCUUGAAGAUCAAAGUGAUGAAUAGUUAUAAUUUAAAGAUGUCUGGUAGACAAGGUGGUAAACUCAAGCCUCUUAAGAAACCAAAGAAGGCUCAACACGAAGAAGAUGAGGAGGAUCUUGCCUUCAAGAAGAAGAAGGCCGAAGAAGCCAAGAAGUUGAAGGAAUUACAACAAAAGGCUGCUGGAAAGGGUCCCUUACUUAGCGGUGGUAUCAAAAAGUCUGGAAAGAAAUAGACGCUAUAGUUUUUUUUUAUUAUUCCAAUUAUAUUAUUCAUAAUAAACUCAUAAAGAAAACCUUGUUGCCGAAGUU